AUGUCGCCAGUUCGAUCCGCCUAUGACCCAAAGGACAUGGAGUUCCGCCACCUUGGCCCUACUGGGCUCAAGGUGAGUGUCCUGUCACUGGGAGGAUGGUUGACGUACGGAGGUACCCAGAAGGGCAGCAUCGUCAAGGAGUGCCUGGAGACCGCCUGGAACCAUGGCAUCAACACCUUCGACACGGCUGAAACAUAUGCCAACGGCGAGUCCGAGGUAGAGAUGGGCCAAGCCCUGAAAGAGCUCGACUGGCCUCGGGACGAGUACGUUCUCACCACCAAGAUCUUCUUCGGAACGGGUCGCAAGGAGCCAAAUACGCGCGGUCUGAGUCGCAAGCACAUCGUUGAGGGGCUGAAGAGCUCUCUCCAGCGUCUUGACCAGCCCUAUGUGGAUAUUGUAUUCGCCCAUCGGCCAGACUAUGCCACUCCGCUGAGGGAAAUCGUUGAAGGGUUCACCCAAGUCAUUCGCAAUCUGAACCUUGCAUACUACUGGGGCACCUCGGAGUGGAGUGCCGCACAAAUCACCGAGGCAACCCAGAUUGCUGAACGCUAUAACUUGAUUGCACCAGUCGUGGAGCAGCCCCAGUACAAUGCUUUUCACCGCGAGCGUUUUGAGGUCGAGUACGCUCCGCUCUUUAAGCAGUUCGAGUAUGGAACUACCAUUUGGUCGCCGCUUGCAUCUGGUCUCCUGACUGGUAAAUACAACAAUGGCAUCCCAGAGGACUCCCGCUUCGCUACCAACAAAGCUUUUUUUGAAAAGAGCAUCGAAGCGCUGAAGACCGAGGAAGGAAAGGCUAAGAUUGAGAAGGUGAAGAAGCUCACUUCUGUUGCGGAGAAGCUGGGAGGAAAUGUCUCCCAGCUCGCUCUGGCUUGGUGUCUCAAGAACCCCAAUGUUAGCACCGUCAUUCUUGGAGCGACAAAAGUUCACCAGAUUGAGGAUAACUGCAAAGCUCUUCAGCUCUCCAAGAAGUUGACGCCAGAGAUUAUUGAGGAGAUCGAAAAGAUUCUAGACAAUGCACCCACUGGACCCCCCACAUACGGUCGGGAGAGGUGA